AUGUCCACAACAACAACCAAGCCCCCCUCCAAGGUCCCCGAAGGCGCCAGCGCGAUGCAGAAGAUCCUCGAGAGCAGCUACGGCGAGGACUGGCAGCAGUUCCUGAUCGAGACGAUGCGGUCCAUCUCGGCCCCGCUGGCACAGAGGGCGCUCGCCCAGGUCGGACUCGGCGCGGGCACGACCCCCGAGCCGUACCGGCUGCUCGAGCAGGGCUGCGGGAUGGGCGUCGUCGCGCCCCUGCUGCACGAGACGGUGCCCGCGGAGGUGCAGGAGAAGAGCAGCGUGCUGUGCGGGGACUUUUCGGCCCCGCUGGUUGAGGCUGUGAAGGGGAGGAUCGCGAAGGAGGGGUGGGUCAACUGCGAGGCUCAGGUCGUUGAUGCUCAGCCGCACUCAAAGGUACACCAGAACGGCGCAUGGGUGUGCGACGUCCGCGAAGCCUUCAAUUCCCUUCCAUCAAGGCUACUCCCUCCUGACUACAACUUCCACAUGCCAAUGCAACUGACGGACGAUGGCCACUGGGACAAUGUCGACUGGCUUCGUGGGGCACUCACUGACCAAGGUCUGGUGGAUGUUCAGGUUGAUGUGCUGGCAACCUUAACUCCCAUCAAAAGCCCUGAGCACUUCAUGAGAACGAGUGCCUUGAUGAUCGAAUACGCUGGAAAAUUGACAGUGGGGCUGGAUCUAGAGAAUGACAAGGGCAAGGUGGAGGAGGUCAAGGAGUUUGUCAAGAAGCACCUGGUGGAGAAGUACGGAGAGGAUGGAAAAUGGACAUUGACUUGGGUGUCUAUCGUUGCCAGCGGGAGGAAGCCAUCUUGA